UUAAGUGACAAAGCAUCAUUACCAUAUCUUUCUGCAGUUAUCAAGGAAACCAUGAGAUACAGACCAGUUACUUCAUUUGGUUUACCAAGAACAACUACCAAUGAUAUUGUUAUCGAUGAUAAAUAUUUCAUUCCAAAAGAUUCUCAAGUCCUUAUUAACUACCAUGCUCUUUCAUUCAACGAAAAGUACUUCCCAAAUCCACAUGUAUUUGAUCCAACCAGAUUUAUUAAUGAACCAAAUAACCAAGCUUUCAUUCCAUGGUCUAUCGGUCAAAGAAAUUGUGUUGGUAUGACUUUUGCUCAAGAUGAAAUUUUCUUAUGUAUCGCAAAUGUUUUAUUAAGAUAUAGAUUCAAAUCUGUAGAUGGCAAAAAAAUCAAUGAAAUAGAGAAAUAUGGUAUCACAACAAAACCAGUAGAUCGUUUCAAUGUUUUAUUAGAAAAGAGAGCUUAA